AUGAAGCCUCUGGCUCAGGCUCUCCAUGGUCCUCCGCAAACAAUCGUGUUUUCAUGUCCUAUUUACCUUCUUCCUCCCUCUCACUCCAUAUCUCUACUGCAAAAUCGAGAAUUUCGCAUAGAAGAGAAAGGUCAAAGCCGGACUACAGCCAGGUUUGGACCAUUUUUCAUGAAUUCUUUUCGUAACAAAUUGGUAAGGGGUAUCACGGAAGUUGGUGUGUCUGCCAAGCCUGGGUAUGAUGGACUGAUUGAAUUGGCGAAAGCUUUGAUGAACAGCAGAAGCAAUUCUCAUACCAAGAUGCUGCGGUGUCGAAUAUUGAAGUCACUAUUUCCGCCAUUUUGAGCUUACAAAAUCCUUAUAGCGCCUAUAGAUGGAGGGAAGGUAGCUGCAAUGAUGGUUGCAAGGGUGACUGUGCUUACUUGUCAAUGGCUUAUGGGCACAUCUACGGUUAAUUCUUGUGAUCUUCCUGAUGGGACCUCUUGCAGUAGCGGGGUAAACUUUGAUUUCAGAUAACGUUUUGUAGAGAGAUGUAAGUACUUAGAGGAAAGUAAGUGUGUAGGAAUUUGUAUCAAUACCUGCAAGCUUCCAACACAGAGUUUCUUCAAGGAUUAUGGGGCUUUGGUGAUGGAGCCAAUCAGCGACUAUAGCUGUCAGUUUAAAUUCGGGGUCUUCCCUCCAUUGCCGGAGAAUGAUGCUGCCCUUAAGGAGCCUUGCCUGGAUAUAUGCCCAAUUGCUAAUAAACGAAGGGAAAUUCAAAGGAACAUGGAUGUGAUGAAAUGUCCAAAGGCAUAAACUGUGCGUAAAAUCUUGAUUAAGGUUUCCAACUUCGAUGGCAUUGUACUUCCCAAAAUCACGUAUGGUCAAUAUAUAAAGGUUUCUGGUUUUUAUCUCA